UAGAGCAAAUAAAAUACACUGAUAUCAUGAAAUCCAAGUGUGAAAAGAGAAGAUUUUAAAAGUAUCCUCCAAUACCAUGGGUCUUGGAAUUUUGUGUAAUAGUAAUAUUGUCAGCUUCCACUUUUGUUCUUAUACUUGUCAUAAUAAUUUCAGUUACUUCAAUUUGUCAGUUUCUUUGUUCAAUUUCACUACCAAAAUGGACUCAAUACACACAAAAAAAAAAAACUCCAAUUUUGAUUCUUGAACAAGUGGACAACUAAAUUGAUCAAAGAUUUCAACUUUUCUUCUUCUUGAUUGUUUUCCCCUCUUUUAGUUUUCUUGGACUAGAGGAAUGGUUAUCAGUGGUGUGAAAGCAUCUUCAGUAGCUAUGGUUUCUAUAGACAUUUGCAGCAGAAUUUCUCCUAGUACUAGGCGAAAAUUCCCAAACCCUUUAUUCUGUAGGAUCAUCAGGUGUGAUUUUGAUGGUCGCGUUGGAUGUUGGAUUGGGAAUGAGAAAGGAAAAUGGAACAAACUGGCUGCUGCUGCUGCAAGUACAAAGGCACCUAAAUUGGGAAUGAGCAUUUCACCUUUGCCUUCCUCUGCUGCUCUAGCAGAAACCCGAUGGUCCUCACGAGCCAAGUUCUAUAAGGAGGUUUUGAAAGAUGCUAGGGAAAAGUUUACACAGGAGAUAUCAUUUCAGUCCAAGGACAAAGAUAUAUCCCUGGCAAAGGCUUUACUCUACGUUGCUUCUGAAGACGAGGCAUUUAUGGAUUUCAACCGGGAAAUGGAUUCUUAUUCACUCCAAAAUGAACGAAGAUCUACUUCACUGCCAUCUGAUACGCUAGACUGGAAGUGCGUAGAAGCCACGCCUCUGGCUGGAAAGAAUAUGAGUGAGUGGAUGGCCGAGUUAGAUUCCAUUGCAAGGGAAGUUGAGGCAGAGCUAGUUCCGAGAGAUAUAGGAUGCCAUUUGGUUGAAGUUUUGGAUGCAGUGAACGUUGUUCUUUUUAAGUCGAGGGGUUUCAAAAGGUCAUCCGUGAUAGUGGACUCAAAAUGUUCAUACCUGCAUUCAGUGUUAAGCUCUGGAUAUUGUAGCGCAAUUUUGCUUAGCGUCAUUUACAUCGAAGUUUGUCGAAGACUUAAUCUAACCAUUGUGGGAUCUCGAAUUGGAGAAGAAUUCUUGAUAUGGCCCCAAACCGGAAACCCUGAGGAGCUAUUCAAGGUUACUUCUGGUCACAGCUUGUUUGGUAUUGUUAACGGGAAGUGCGUUGAUGACCCUAGAUCAAUGGCCUCGGACAUCAAUAGCAAUUCACUGUUGGAGCUUGAGAUUGCAACAAACCGAGAUAUUAUCGGAAUUGCUUUGGCUAAUCUCAUGAGGAUUCAUUGGAAACGUGCGUCAAGAGCAAAUCAUGGUUUGAUGCUGACUUCUCCACUUAGGUCUGUGGAUAAGUCUGACGAGAAGUUUAAGAAGACCGAUGCUUCAACUGUACCUUUGCUGAGGCCUCAAGAUUUGAGGUUCAAGAUGCUAAUAUGCAACAUUUGGCAUGAGAAAAGGAGAACCGCGAAUAAUUUUGGCUACAUUAUUAUUCUUAUUGAUUCUAACUUCCUACAAAAAAAAAAAAACUUGAUCUACUAUGCUGCAAUAUUGCAUGAGUUUUAAUUCCUCCAUCUGGUUUUUUAGUUAGUCAAGCAUAAUUAGGUUCCCAGAACUUUCUCAUUUAUAGCACCAUUUGGUUUGACAAAGUGCUUUCCAUAUCUAAACUCGGUGGUCUAUCUGAAUAUCUGUGUUGCUCGGACUCUCCAAAAAUGUUGUCGCACCUGUGUCUGAUUCUCCAAAACUGCACUUCUUUUGGAGGAUCCAGCAUAUUCACCCGUUGAUAUUUCUUUGGUCUGCCAAAUAUGUCUAACUUGCUCUGAUCUUUAGAUAUGAUCGUUAAGAAUGAAAUCUUUCGAGUUCUCAUCAGUGUUAUAUCCAUGUCCAUUUCUGCAUCCUAGUAUUUCGAUAGUUUGUUUUCAUCAAACAUGGGAUUACCUCGACUUGGCAUUUGAUUAUCAUCUCUAGUGCAUUAACUUUUUAUCCGAAAUGUAGAAACAUGCUUGACAACAUUUCUCAGGUGUUUGUUUUAUUAGUUUAGGCUAGUAAGAACGUCUUUUUUCAGUAGAAGUUUUGACCUUAGCUAUCGAGGUAUUAAUUUUUGUGUGCAAUAUAUUUCUCGCUUGUAAUGACAAUAUGUCUGGGAUGGUACCAACUUUCUAGGCUGGCUAUUAUGGCUUCGCAAAGAUUGCUGAUUCUGCAGCCACACAAUUGGGCUCUGAGGAGAGACCACGGCAUGAUGUUGUACUA